AUGCGGUAUCCUAUUGUUCUUGCUCUCCUUUGCGGGGGGAGGCUCGCCGAGGCCUUGCCCUGGCAUCAGGCAACGGAUCAUUCUGCUGUUCCCGCUGUCGCUGAUGUGCCCAGAACGUGUCGAAAUCCCGUGUUACCAUUUGACUACUCAGCCAAGGUCAGGCGCGAAUAUGAGCUGCCGCUGUGUCGGGAUGGCGACGAGAAGCUUGGGAUAACCCCGUUUCUCGGCGCCAUGGACGCGCCGUCUCUGCUUAGCGGCCGAGCCACGGUUGAUGACUACACGUGCGCACCGGACCGACCUUGCGCCAACAAGGCUUGCUGCCCCAAGGCCACGCUGUCGUGCAACUACGGCGAGGAGGCGUGCGGCACGUCGGGCAUCUCGCCCAACGAAGUCUGCUGGUCCAACUGCGAUGCUAAGUCCGAGUGCGGUAAGGACGCCAAAGUGCCUGGCCAGGAAUGUCCGCUCAACGUCUGUUGCGGCAAAUGGGGCUUUUGCGGCAUGACCGAGGAUUACUGUGACAAGGAAGAUCAUGGUGCCACUGGCGGCUGCCAGUCCAACUGCGACCAACCUGGCCCCAAGAACAAAGCCAGCACGCAGGCCCGCGUUAUCGGCUACUAUGAGGGCUGGCGAGCCGACAGCGCGUGUCAGGGCAUGGGACUCAACGACAUUCCCGUCAACUCGUUGACCCACCUGUACUUUUCUUUUGCUUCCAUCACCCCGGACACGUACAGCAUCGCGCCCAUGGAAGGCAUCGAUGGGUCUCUGUUUUCUAAAUUCACCAACCUCAAGAAGAAGAACCCCGCCCUCAAGACCGUCAUCGCCAUUGGCGGAUGGACCUUCAACGACCCAGGCCCGACACAGAAGGUAUUUAGCAAUAUGGUGAGCACGGCGGAGAAUCGUGAGACCUUUAUCGACAACCUGUUCAGCUUCCUGCGCGAGUACGCCUUCGACGGCGUUGACUUUGACUGGGAGUACCCCGGCGCUGAUGACCGCGGAGGUGUCGAGGCCGACGGCAAGAACUUUGUCACAUUUCUCAAGGAACUCGACGCCGCCAACAAGAAACAGCCCGUCAAGUACGUAGUUUCGUUUACGCUGCCUACCUCAUACUGGUACAUGCGCCACUUUGACCUCAAGGCUGUGGACCACGUCGACUUUGUGAACGUCAUGUCCUACGACCUGCACGGCGUUUGGGACGGCAAGAAUCCCAUCGGCCAGAAAAUCUACGGCCACACCAAUAUCACCGAGAUGAAGCAGGCUUUUGAUCUCUUCUGGCGCAACGACGUCCCCGCCAACAAACUCAACAUGGGCCUCGGGUUUUAUGGCCGUGCCUUCCAGCUCCAGGACCCCUCGUGCAGUAAGCCGGGGUGCGGUUUCAAGGGCGGCGCCACCAAGGGCGGCUGCAGCGGGGAGUCAGGCAUUCUGAGCUACCGCGAGAUUAUGGCCGUCAUUGAUUCCAAAAAAAUAAAGCCCGUACAUGACAAGAAAGCGGGCGUCAAGUAUAUUACGUGGAACAACGACCAGUGGGUAUCAUACGACGACGCCGACACCUUCAAGCAAAAGAAGGACCUGGCCGCGGAUCUAGGGCUGGGCGGCUACCUCAUCUGGGCCAUCGAUCAGGACGACGAGCAUUUGACGGCACUGCAGGCCGUCAUCUCGCCCAAGAAACUAGGUGACUUGGGCGCAGCCAGCGACAAGGACGAUUGGCAAUCUUCCAACAAGCAUUGCUAUAUCACAUCCUGCGAUGGCAACUGCGACGCCGGCGACAUCAAAAUUACCGACCAACCCUGCGGUGAAGACGACAAGCGAAGCAAGCUCUGCUGCCCGUUAUCUGGGGCCCCGGAUCCCAAGGAGUGCACAUGGCGUGGCAAUCCCACCUUGUGCAACGGGCACUGCCAUGACGACGAAGUCAUGAUGGAGAUGAACAAGUGGGGUGACGGCGGUGGGUGUAGUGACGGCAACAAGGCCUACUGCUGCAAAAGCCCGCUCGCUGCGGAAAACACGUGCUACUGGACCGGCGUCGGCGGCUCCUGCAAUGGCGAUGACCUACCGCUGACGUUCUCGGGUACCGUUCUGACUAUCUUGGAAGACGUGGCCAAGGUCAUCCUCCGCGUCGUUGGGCGCGCCUAUCCUCUUACUGCGCUGGCAGGAGAAGCGCUCCUCCUGGUGCUAGACGAACUCGACCUCGACACAGACAAGUACUACUGCUGCCCAAAAGAAGACAUCCCCAAGUGGAAGAACUGCGACUGGUUCGGCAAGCCCGGCAGCUGCUAUGACGGCCAUUGCCCGGACAUGACUUACGCCCAGCUGACGGACAGCUACUUCGGCGGCGGCGAGACGUGCGGCUGGCAGCUUUCUCGCGUGCGCACCUUUUGUUGCGAGCCGGCCAAAGACCCCUUGUUUCUGCCGGUGCCGCUGGGCAACCUCUUCGAGAACCCCCCUGAGGGUGAGAGUGUCGACACUGACUUUUCCCUCGAAACGGACAAAGACUCGGACAGUCAGCAAAACCCCAACGACGCGGCCUUCCAGUUUGUCGUGCUCGCUUCGCCUGAGGAGCUGCAGGUCUCACUCGACAAGCGUGACGGCUCCCACUGGGACAUCUUCUCGGGCUGCGAUUCGGCCAUCGGUGAAGACGGCCCGCACACGGUGCAAAUGGUAUGCACAGACUUCUCCGAGGGCAGCAACUGCCACAAGAUCAGUCUCGGACACGGCGUCCCGGGGACCAUUUUGCAGAUGCCCCCCGGGUGCGGACCUGGGAAGUACGCCGUUGCGAAAGACAUGGUCCCAACCUCCGACCCGGCAAAGACCAUUCUUCCGCGCCACCUUGAACACCUCUCGGCCGCCCACACCGCAGUGGUCUACGAUUUGACUUUUGACUACGACUUUACCCGCGUGCGCCGCGACCUCGGUGACACCCAGAUGCGCAUCGACUUCAGCAACCAAGACGACUACUGGGACACCAUCGUGGCGGCGGCCGGAAACACCAAAAAGAAGAUCAAACGCUCCCUCGCUGACACUGGGGGCAACCACGCCCGCUGGCUUGAAGAGGAAUUCCGCGACGACUACCAUUUCGGCACCCUCUCUCGCCGUGAUCUCGAGGAGCGCUGGUUCGGCUCAGGCGUCCUCGACUGGCUUGCCCGCCUUGUUAAGCCGGAAAUUAAACGCGAGUUCACCUACAACUACAGGGACACGUUGACAGCCAAACUCGUCGACGAGACGUGGCAAUGCAACCGCAACGGCGUUGACUACGAGGGCCACAUUCUUGCCCAGGCCCUCCUUAAAGUAAACGUCGCGACCAGCUUCGGUUUCACUUUGAUCGUAACAAAACUGACGCCGCCCUUGGACAUUUCCCAAAGCUACCUGACCUUCUACAAUAAGGGCGAGAUUACGGGAGUGUUGACACUCGAAGCUGUCGCCAAGUUUUCCUUUCACAAAUCGGAAGUCAUCUUGAACAUCCCUUUCCCGGGCGCCUCGUUCAAGAUCCCGGGAAUCGCCACCAUAGGUCCGCAGCUGACGGUCGAGGGGAGCAUUGACGCCUCGCUCACCCUGGCGGGCAAGGUGGAAACACGGCUUGAGUUCGCCAACUGGGAGGUUCGUCAAGUGCUUCCCGACAAUGGGGACAGCAACUACACGCCCAAGGAAAUUGGUGACGGUGACCCGGACCUCAAGCGUACCGGUGACAACAAGGACCUGGACGAGCCCAACUUCUAUGCCGGCGUCCAGGCUCUCGGUGACGUGACGGCCAAGAUCUCGGCGGCGGCCGAGUUCGGUAUCCGCUUCGACAAGCGCUGGGACAUUGAUCCGGCCGCCGCGGCUAUUGUGGCCGAGGCUAGCGUCAUGCUGAAAAUGGGCGCCGGCAUCUCCACCAAAGACACCUGCCCCUUCACAUUUGGGGUUGAUGUCGGCGCACGCCUGUUUGCACGCGCAACGGCACCAGGAUUUGGGUGGCCGGGGGCCGAGGUAGCCAUCACGCCGGCUUAUAAUAAGCCCAUCAUCGACGGUGGCAGGUGUCCAGGCCUGGGACCCCUCCCGACCAAGCGUGACUUGACUCUUCUCACGAUCGAGGCCAACGACACCAGUGGUCAUCGGGCAUGCGUCGGUCCAGGCACCACAUGCUCCCAGAUUGGUUAUGCCUGGCCAGAAUCGAGUGAAGAUCCCGAAGACUCCUCGCUUCUCAGGCGCGGCGGGACUUUUGGAAAAGUUCUCGAAAAACGGGCUAGAAAGGAAGUCCACAUUUGCGACCAAACUUUCACCUUCCUAUACCCGUCAAACAGCGUCGCCAAAUCAAAGGGCAACCUUCCUUACGGGUUUACCACCACCGACUGCGCCGACUUCAACUUCGACGCUCUCGGCAUCAACGGCGUCGCGGGCGUUUCUUACGACACCGAACAUGUUCUUGAGGCCCAACUCAUCAAACUGUUCUUUGAUGAGGUCGACCAUGACAAUUUCAACGGCUUCCCCCACCCGGAUCCCACUCAGCCGGCGACCACGCGACUCGGCUUCUGUGAGCUUGUUAAUGUGCUCUGGGACAUAAACCCCGUUGUAAUCCCAAACCUCGAAAGCGCGUUUACCGGCCAGGCCCUGAGCCCCUAUGAACAGGUCGUCGCCCAAUUCCCCACCACAACAUGGAAGGUGGACGAGUACGUCCGCCUCGAGAAGAACAUCAACUCGCCGGCCAAGGCCAACGCAUGGGGCGACAACCAAGUCGCCGACUUCGACAAAUGGAUCGGCGGCGACCCCAACGACUACGGCAGCGACGUCAACCUGGACACCCCCGUCUACACGGGGCUGAUCACCACGCUCGAGGGCGCCGAGAAGAUCAUGAAGUCGAUGCGCGCCAUCCUCGGCUCGCGGCUGUACCACAACCACCCCACCAUCAUGGCCAUCCUGCGGGCGCAGAAGGCGCGCGUGGGCGAGGUGCUCCGGCGGCUCGACACCGAGAUCCUGCCCAACAACCCGCCGCAGGCCGGCUGGACGCCGUGGGCGCCGAUGGGGCUCAAGGACAAGUGGGACGCGUUCAUGAGGGGCAAGAUGGCCUUGGCCGUGACCAAGUCCGACAAGGUGCUCAACGACAUCCUGCCGCGCAUGCAGGUCCAGUGGGCCACCCAGGCGCAUAGGGACGCAGCGGCCGACGACAGUAACGAUACGCAGGCGGAGAGGCUGGUGAAGGCGAGGAAGAGGAGGCUGAUUAAUACUAUUGAUGCCUUCGCCGAGGCUUUGAGGUUGGCGCCGCCGUGGCAGUGGGCGUUUUAG